ACCAUGUCCGCUCCUAACGCUCAGCCAAACCCCGCCUCCAACACGCAGGCCAACCCUGCUCCCAACAGCCAGACCAAUCCGACCCCCAACGCUCACCCUUAUGCCGGUCAGCCCAAUCUCACUCCCGAUGCUCGCCCUUACAAUAUUCCACUUACCCUCCCC